UCAUCAUUCUCUUCCAUCCAAAACCAAGAAAACAAACCCAAGAACACAAAUCUCUCUCUCUUUUUCUCUCCCUCUUUCUCUCCCAUUCUCCCUCUGCCAUGGAAAACACCAACCACUAUCCUCAUUUCCUCAUCAUCACACUCAUCUUCUUCACAACCUUCACAUCAUGCAAUAGUACCUCCACAAACACAUCAUCAUCAACAACACCAUCUCCACCAAUGCCAACUCAAGAACUAAACAACAUUCUUGACGCGCUCAUAGGCUCAGGAGACACAACCAUAACCAAAUGGCUAAGCAUCUUAUCAAUGUCAAACCCAUCACUAAGCCUAACACUCUUCAUCCCUCAACAAACACUCUCACCAUCCUCCACACUAGACCCCUUCACUUUCCCAUACCAUAUCGUCCCGCAGCGUCUCUCCUUCGCCGACCUCCUCCUCGUCCCUCGCUACUCCCGUCUCCCCACUCUCCUCCCCGGUAAAACCAUCGCCAUCACCGAUAACUCCAUCGGUAACUUCACACUCGACGAUGUCCUCCUCACUCAUCCUGAUCUUUAUAACACUUCUUCGCUCGCUGUUCAUGGCAUUGAGAGGCUUCUUGAUUACUCUAUCUUUGGUGAUGAUGCUAUUAUGUUAAUUUGAUGACUAUACAAAAUUUGCUUUUUUGUAUGCAGUAGUUGUAUUGCAUCUCGUGUGUUCUAAUUCUUUCUCUCGCUAGAAUUAUUUUAUAUUAUUAAUUUGUAUAAAUCUCUCACCCAUCAAUUGUAUGU